GGACUAGAAAGUAAUUGUAAACUUAUAAUUCAUCUACAUUUGAAAUGAAAGGUUUAUCUUGCCUUAAAUUAUGGUAAUAGUUUAAAUUGUAAACAAAACUUAUAGUUUAUAAAGUCUAAUUUUAAAAAGAUGUCAUUUAUCAUAUGAUUUUUAUCUAGAUAAAUAGUCUAUACAUUAUGGAGAUAUGUAUGUAUAAUAUAUUACAAAAAUUCGUUGAAACAUAAGAUGUAAAAUUUAAAUAAUAUCUGAAAAGUAUCAUUAAAAAUGACACAAUCUCAACAAGUAAUUGAAGAAUUAUAUGAUGCUUACACAAAAACUGCUGCAAAUAUUAUUGCUUAUUAUGGAUCCAAUGAAAGAGAUGAAAAGUUAAAAGAACUAAAGGAUAUAGUAAAAAAUAAUUGUAUUCAAGAUAAAAAAUUAAAGUUAACAAAGACAAUAAAAUGUCGAAUAUCAAGUUUGUAUAAUGAUGAUAAUGACAGUCACGUUACACCAAAUGAUAUUGAAUCCAUCAUAAAUAUGGAAUAGCAGAGAAAGAAAAUGAUACAGAUGCUGAAUUACAAUUACUAGGAGGCUAUAUAAACGUAAUUGAUCCUAUCUCUAAGAGAAGAAUUGUGGACCCUGUGAAGAAUAUUAUAUGUGGCCACACCUAUGAUCGACAAAGUAUUACACAGAUAUUGAAAGUUAAUAAAAAGACAAGGUGUCCUGUUAUAGGUUGCAAAAGCAUAGAAUUUGUAACACUUAAACAUCUUCGAACAGACGUUGUAACAAAAGCAUAUUUGGAAAAAAAUCUAGAAUAACAUUUUGUGAUAAAGGAAUUACAGAUUAUAUACAAUAAUUUGUGUAUUUAAAUAUAUAUCACUUAUCAUGACAUGUUUUACAUUUUGAUUAAAAACUCUGUAAGAAUAUUGGGUUUGAGACAAAUUAUUAGUUUAAUAGUUUGUUUUAGGUACUAAAGGGCAUUUUAAAAAUAUAUCUCUUGAAAUGACACAGUGUAUAUGAAAAUAUACGUGGAAACUAUAUCUACGUGUUUAUUAAACUAUUAUCAGAAAAGACAUUACUUUUUUAUAAAUUUUCUUUUAUUUAUUUUCAGAAUUAAAUAUUUUCAGAAAGCAAUAUGUAGGAUACGUAAUAUGUAUCAAUAAAUUAUUAAAAGCGAAGCAACUUCAAGUUAUUAUACAUAUAUUGUUUGUCCUCUAACUUUUAUCAUUAUUAAUUUAUGAUGACAACACUCAGGCCAUGUUUAUAUUUACGUUGUCAUCGAUAGUAUUAAUCCUUUCUCGUUGGAAAGCUCGCUGUAUCGUUGAUGGAUUCAAUGUAAAUAAUUGGAACCCAUUUUUACUAGUACCCAGAGAUUUAAAUGAGUCGCCAAAUUACGAUAUAACACGCUGGGUACGGCAAUUGCAUCUGCAACAAUGUGCUUUCGUAGAAAUCGGAGAAGGAUUUUGUGCUGUAAGCAGAAAACGCUUCACAAAGAAUACUUUCCUCCUUGCAAAACGAUUUCAAUACAAACUCUUUUGUCGCAUAAUACAAAGCUUAACGAUACUUUCACGCAAUAUAGUUCUGUUUAAUAUUUAGUUGUUCGUCGAAUUACGUAGCAUACCCUUCGAAUCAAAAGUUCUCGACAACUCUGGAGUCGCAGAAUUUUUCCUUGGAAUUUGUCCCUGUUUGACUCUUCAUACCUGGGAUCUAUGUUCACCGGAAUUGACAAGAUUUAGAAAAACGGAUUGUACUUUUAACGAAGCAGUCCCACAUGCAAACACAAAUGCAAGAGUUCACAGACGAUUAUGCGACAUCACUUUGCUUGUCGAAAAUGCUUCAAGCUGCAACUGUUCCGUUCUCCUAGCGGGCCAAGGAUUGUACGAGACUAAAGUUUGUGUUCUCCACGUGGGGUUUGUGGCACUGCACAAUGCACCGCGACCACAAUCAAAGGAAUACACACUCCUCAAUGUGCCUCGAAUUGCCAUCAGAGACAACCAGUAAUGUUAUGUUUUAAGCAAUUUGAAAUUUAAAGUUCUGCGAAGAAAUUGGGCCUUCAACUUCAAUUCCAGCAGAAAUUAAUUCUUCAUGGACGCGAUGGUCCUUUCCAAAAUGCAACAAUACUUGUGGUAGGGGAUUCAUGAUAGCUACUACAUCAUGCCAAGAUCAAGUAACGUAAAUAAAGCUAAAAGUUAAUACAAACAAAUACAAUAAAUAAUAAUUGCAUUAUUCAUCUUUCUCACUGACUCUAAAAAGCUUAUUAAUAUUACUAUUGUACUUCAAACACUCAAAGUGAUAUUUGUUAGUUUGACAAUAGAAAAGAAGUAUUUCAGAAAUAUUCAUUGUACUUUAAAAACUCAAAGUGAUCUUUGUUGGUUUGACAAUAGGAAAAAGUAUUUAAGAAAUAUUCAUUGUUGGUUUACAUUGAACAUUUAAAAU